AUGUGUAAAGAUACGUUGACGACUGUCGAGAAGUUGGGAGAGGACGAGGAGGACGAGGAGGACGAGGAGGACGAGGAGGACGAGGAGGACGAGGAGGACGAGGAGGACGAGGAGGACGAGGAGGACGAGGAGGACGAGGAGGACGAGGAGGACGAGGACGAGGACGAGGAGGACGAGGAGGACGAGGAGGACCAGGAGGACGAGGACGAGGAGGACGAGGAGGACAAGGAGGACGAGGACGAGGACGAGGAGGACGAGGAGGACGAGGAGGACGAGGACGAGGACGAGGACGAGGACGAGAACGAGAACGAGAACGAGAACGAGAACUAUACUGGGUCUUGGCGCUUACGUGUGACUCGAGAACAGCUGGCUCAAGGAGAGGACAGGAGGGUAAUAAAGGGUCCGAAACCUUUUCUCGUCACAUGGUCACAUGCAAAGCUGUCACGGACCGGAACUCCGCAAUAA